AUGCAAAUUUUCGUUAAAACACUCACUGGUAAGACUAUUACUCUCGAGGUUGAAUCCAACGACACCAUCGAGAACGUGAAGAGCAAGAUUCAAGACAAGGAAGGUAUUCCUCCUGAUCAACAACGUUUGAUUUUCGCUGGUAAGCAAUUGGAAGAUGGUAGAACCUUGUCUGAUUACAACAUCCAAAAGGAAUCUACUCUUCACCUUGUCCUCAGACUCAGAGGUGGUAUGCAGAUCUUUGUCAAGACUUUGACUGGUAAGACCAUUACCUUGGAAGUUGAGUCCAAUGAUACCAUUGAAAACGUGAAGAGUAAGAUCCAAGAUAAGGAAGGAAUCCCUCCUGAUCAACAACGUUUGAUUUUCGCCGGAAAGCAAUUGGAGGAUGGUAGAACAUUAUCCGACUACAAUAUUCAAAAGGAGUCUACUUUGCACUUGGUUUUGAGAUUGAGAGGUGGUAUGCAAAUUUUCGUCAAGACUUUGACUGGAAAGACCAUCACUCUCGAGGUUGAAUCCAACGACACCAUCGAGAACGUGAAGAGCAAGAUUCAAGAUAAGGAAGGUAUUCCACCAGACCAACAACGAUUGAUUUUCGCUGGUAAGCAACUUGAGGACGGCAGAACCUUGUCUGAUUACAAUAUUCAAAAGGAGUCUACUCUUCACUUGGUUUUGAGAUUGAGAGGUGGUAUGCAAAUUUUCGUUAAAACCUUGACCGGAAAGACAAUUACUCUUGAAGUUGAGUCCAAUGAUACCAUUGAAAACGUUAAGAGUAAGAUCCAAGACAAGGAAGGAAUUCCACCAGAUCAACAAAGACUUAUCUUUGCUGGAAAGCAAUUGGAAGAUGGAAGAACCUUGUCUGAUUACAAUAUUCAAAAGGAGUCCACUCUUCACUUGGUCUUGAGAUUGAGAGGAGGUAACUAA